AUGACAGGCACAUCUCAGGCUGACGGUGCUGUCCUGAUUGUUGCUGCUGCUGUUGGUGAUUUUGAAGCAGGCAUCUCCAAGGAUGGACAGACCUACAUCAAGAAUGUGUCUGUCAAAGAUGUUUGCCAUGGCGAUGUGGUUGGUGACAACAAAACUGACCCACCAACGACAGUAGCUGGCUUCACAGCUCACGUGAUUAUCCUGAGCCACCCAGGCCAAAUCAGUGCUGGAUAUACACCCGUUCGGGAUUGUCACACAGCUCACACUGUUUGCAAAUUUGCUGAGCUGAGGGAGCUCAAUGAAGAUCUUUUGAUCUUUGCUUCUGGAAAAUAGCUGAAAGAUGGUCCUAAGUUUUUGAAAUCUGGCAAUGCUUCCAUUGUUGAUAUGACUUCUGGCAAGCCCAUGUGUGUUGAGAGCUUCUCUGACUACCCUCCUCUGGGCCAUUCUGCUGCUCAUGACACGAGACAGACAGUUGCUGUGGGUGUCAUCAAAGCUGUGGAAGAGAAGGCAGCGGGAGCUUGCAAACUCACCAAGUCUGCCCAGAAAGCUCAGAAGGCUGAAUGAAUAUUAUUCCCAACUCCUGCCACCCCGUCUUACUCAGUGGUGGAAGAAAUGACUCAGAACUAUUUGUCUCAAUUGGCCAUUUAAGU